AUGAUGGAGUACAGGGAGACGACGGGGCAUCCGACACCGCCGCCUGCCGUGGAGCUCGCAGGCGGCGGCGGCCGCGAAGACGAGGACUGGUACGACGUGGCCACGACGGCCGGGAGGACGACAGAGCCGCCGCCGCUCACCCACGACGACAACCGGGGCUUCCUCCGGAUGCUGCGCGACAAGAAAGAGAGGCUGGGCGUGGAGGCGCCCAAGGUGGAGGUGCGCUUCGAGAGGCUCACCGUGGAGGCGGACGUCCGCGUCGGCCGCCGCGCCGUCCCGACGCUGCUCAACUGCGCCGUCAACGCCGCCCAGGAAUUAGCAACGUCUGUUCAUAUGUGUGUUACAAGGAAAAGACCUAUCAGAAUCAUAAAUGAAGUAAGCGGGGUCAUUCGACCAUCAAGUAUGACACUCCUUCUAGGAGCACCUGGUUCAGGGAAGACAACUCUCCUAAAAGCGUUGGCAGGAAAAUUGGAUUCUUCUUUGAAGUUCAAAGGAAAAGUCAUGUACAAUGGAGAAGAAAUGAAUUACUCAACACCACAGUACCUGCGUGCUUAUGUUAGCCAGAAUGAUCUUCACCAUGCUGAGAUGACAGUAAGAGAGACGAUCAACUUCUCUUCCAAGAUGCUUGGAACCAAUAAUGAAUUUGAGAUGCUAGGAGAAGCAAUAAGAAGAAAAAAGGGUGUCAUCAAUAAAGUGGACCAAGAUCUUGAUUCAUUCAUUAAGGCCACCACCUUUGGAGAAGGAAGCAACCUCACAACAAACUAUAUUAUCAAGAUACUUGGCCUGUCUGAGUGUGCUGAUACCCUAGUAGGAGAUGAGAUGAGAAGAGGAAUAUCUGGAGGGCAAAAAAAAAGAGCCACAGUUGGGGAGAUACUAGUUGGUCUAGCAAGAUGCUUCUUUAUGGAUGAUAUAUCAACAGGUCUAGAUAGCUCCACAACAUUUGAGAUCAUGAAGUUUCUCCAACAGAUGGCCCAUUUGAUGGAUCUCACAAUGGUUAUUUCCUUGCUGCAACCACCUCCUGAGACAUUGGAAUUAUUUGACGACAUUAUACUUUUAUGUGAGGGGCAAAUUGUGUAUCAUGGUCCUCGAGAAAAUGCUACAGACUUCUUUGAAACUAUGGGAUUCAAAUGCCCUGACAGAAAGAAUGUAGCUGAUUUCCUUCAAGAGGUAACCUCUCAGAUGGACCAAAAGCAAUACUGGGCUGGUGAUCAAAAUAAGUAUCAGUACCAUACAAUUGAAAAAUUUGCAGAAUCCUUCCGCACGUCCUAUCUCCCUCUUCUAGUAGAAGACAAACUGUGCAGUUCAAACAAUACAGGAAAGAAUAAGGUGGUAAAAGUGAAUGCAAGUCGCCGAAUAUCCAGAUGGAAUAUUUUCAAAGCAUGCUUUUCAAGGGAAGUACUGCUGCUGAAAAGAAACUCUCCGGUCCAUAUAUUCAAGAUCAUCCAGAUAACUGUUAUGGCUUUGGUGAUCUCCACACUUUUCCUGAGAACAAAAAUGAGUCACAAUUCUGUACUUGAUGCCAAUAAGUACAUGGGAGCACUUUUUAUGGCUGUCGUCAUAGUAAACUUCAAUGGAAUGACUGAAAUUGCAAUGACAAUAAAGCGGCUUCCCACCUUCUACAAGCAAAGAGAGUUACUAGCAUUGCCAGGAUGGGCACUACUUUGUUCAGUUUACCUUAUUAGCGUCCCAAUAUCACUUGUUGAGACAGGCCUUUGGACAGGCUUAACCUACUAUGUGAUUGGAUAUGCACCUUCCCCUAUCAGGUUCAUCCAGCACUUUCUGGUACUUUUUGCCAUGCAUCAAAUGUCAAUGGGCCUGUAUCGCUUCUUAGCGGCCAUAGGAAGGACGCAAGUGAUGGCCAACAUGCUAGGGACUGCAGCUCUUAUUGCAAUCUACAUACUUGGAGGAUUCGUCAUAUCAAAAGAUGAUCUCCAACCAUGGUUGCGCUGGGGAUAUUGGACGUCCCCAUUCACCUAUGCACAGAAUGCGAUCGCCCUCAAUGAGUUCCAUGACAAAAGAUGGGCUACGGAAUUUUAUUAUAACGAUGCAAACACCGUCGGUGAAGCUAUCCUCAAGAUCAGAGGGCUGCUCACGGAGUGGCACUGGUACUGGAUUUGUGUCACCAUUUUAUUUGGAUACUCGCUGGUCUUCAACAUCUUCAGCAUAUUUGCAUUGGAGUUCAUGAACUCUCCACACAAACAUCAGGUUAACAUCAAGACCACACAAGUGAAUUCCGUGUACCACAGGCAGAUGGUUGAAAAUGGCAAUUCAUCAAAUGAUCAAGUCAUCCUCCCAUUCCGACCCCUCUCCCUUGUCUUUGAUCAUAUCCACUAUUUUGUUGAUAUGCCUAAGGAGAUCACAAAAAAUGGAGUAACAGAGAAAAAGCUUCAGCUGCUGCAAGAUGUCAGUGGUGCUUUUAGGCCAGGAGUACUAACAGCUCUGAUGGGGAUAACUGGCGCUGGCAAGACAACAUUGCUCGAUGUAUUAGCUGGAAGGAAAACUGGGGGAUAUAUCGAAGGGACUAUUAAGAUAGCAGGCUACCCUAAGAAGCAGGAGACAUUCUCAAGGAUCUCAGGUUACUGUGAACAGACUGACAUUCACUCCCCUAAUCUCACUGUUUAUGAGUCACUGAAAUUUUCUGCAUGGCUUCGUUUGCCUUCAAAUGUUAAACCUCAUCAAAGAGAUAUGUUCAUCGAAGAAGUCAUGAGCCUUGUUGAGCUCACUGACUUGAAGAAUGCCAUGGUAGGCAUCCCAGGAGCAACUGGCCUGUCAGCCGAGCAGCGGAAAAGACUAACAAUAGCUGUGGAGCUGGUGGCUAGUCCCUCCAUUAUAUUCAUGGAUGAGCCAACCACCGGCUUGGAUGCUCGUGCUGCAGCAAUUGUCAUGAGAACAGUACGAAAGACAGUAGACACUGGACGAACUGUUGUCUGCACAAUUCAUCAGCCAAGCAUCGAGAUAUUUGAAUCUUUUGAUGAGCUUCUGCUUAUGAAAAGAGGUGGUCAGCUCAUAUACAGUGGUUCGCUAGGUCCACUCUCUAGCAACAUGAUAAAGUAUUUCGAGGCCAUACCAGGCGUUCCUAAAAUAAACAAGGGCCAAAACCCAGCAGCAUGGAUGUUAGACAUCAGUUCACACAUAACAGAAUAUGAAAUUGGAGUGGACUAUGCAGAAAUUUAUCGCAACUCCUCCCUGUACAGGGAGAACAGGCCUCUAAUUGAUGAAUUGGAACAACCAGAACCAAACACAGAUGAUCUGCAUUUUCCUCAGGGUUACUGGCAAAACUUUACGACGCAAUGUGUGGCAUGCUUGUGGAAGCAAAGUUGUGCAUAUUGGAAAAACUCAGAACACAAUGUUGUCCGGUUCAUAAACACUUUUGCUGUUUCAAUCAUGUUUGGAAUUGUAUUCUGGAAAAUUGGCUCAAGCAUUAAGGAUGAGCAAGAUGUAUUCAACAUACUUGGAAUCGUAUAUGGAUCAGCACUGUUCCUGGGUUUCAUGAAUUGCAGCAUCCUACAGCCAGUGGUGGCAAUGGAGAGAGUUGUGCUCUACCGUGAAAAGGCGGCAGGCAUGUACUCCACCAUGGCAUACGCUAUCGCUCAGGUGUCGGUGGAAUUACCUUACAUGUUGGUGCAGGUGCUGAUGUUCUCAUCGAUCGUGUACCCGAUGAUCGGGUUCCAGCUGACGGCGGGCAAGUUCUUCUGGUUCUUCCUAUACCUGGUGAUGAGCUUCAUGUACUACACUCUGUACGGGAUGAUGACGGUGGCCCUGACCCCCAACAUCGAGAUCGCCAUGGGGCUUUCGUUCCUCAUCUUCAUCUUCUGGAACGUCUUCUCUGGCUUCAUCAUCGCGAGAGAGGUACAAUACCCCACAUCUGAAUCGGUUGAGAAAUGGAUUGAAUCCAUUAGCGAGCUGAUGAAAUCACCAAACCUAACCAAAUCAAACCAAACCAAACCAAUCCGUGUACCUGAUGAGUGGAGUAAAAUUGUGCAGAUGAUGCCUUUGUGGUGGCGGUGGGUGUACUGGGCCGACCCGGCGGCAUGGACGGUUUAUGGGCUGAUGUUCUCACAGCUCGCAGACCGGACGGAGAAGAUCCUGGUGCCGGGGCUCGGGGAGCAGACGGUGCGCGAGUUCCUGGAGGGGUACCUGGGCCUGCAGGAUCGCUACUUUGAGCUGGUGACCUGUCUCCAUCUCGCCAUCAUUGGCCUCUUCGCCUUCCUCUUCUUCCUCGCCAUCAAGCACCUCAACUUCCAGCGCAGGUAG